GCAGCGCGUUGUCCCUCGUCGGACUGUUUAUAAAGAAGGACGCGUGCUUGUUUUGCGCGUCGGUGUCGAAAUACCACUUAACUGGUCUGUAUAACUAACACAUUUCUACGACAUCCUUUUUAAAACACUGUACAGUUAUAUUUGAUCAACUAUGAUUGAGAAAUAUGGCCGAGGACGAACUUGCUGCGUUCAGGGACUGUUGGAAAGAAGAACUAACGAGUAAUACAGAAGAGCAGCGACUUGUUUGUGCUCCUUCCCCCUCCUUGGAUGUUCCUGGUCAGUCAGGUCAGGGAGACUUGAAACAUAAGUAUUUUAAAGACUUAAAAAAUCUCAACAAGGCCUGUAGUCCUUCAAAACCAGAAGAGGUUGUUUGCGCUGAAGAUGAAGGAUGUGUUAGUGGUCGUGGAAAAGCUGCAGCAGAGUCAGAGGAACAGCCUGAGUAUGUGUCCAUUGCACGUAGUUUGCUGGAUGGGAGGACAAGUCCCCUGCUGGACAGGAUUCAGGAGGAAAGAACCAGGAGAAAGAGGCAGUAUCAAAAUAUGACCAACGUCCGCAGUGCAUCCCUGCAGCAUCAGCAGCAGCAGCAGCAGCCUAAGAGAAAAGUCAAGAAAGACAAGGAGCUGUUGGAUCAACUCAUUCAGGAUCUGAAUGAAGUCAAUGAUAUUCCCUUCUUUGAUAUUGAGCUGCCGUACGAGUUAGCCCUUAAGAUAUUCCAAUAUCUCAACUGUACUGAGCUGGGCCGAUGUGCACAGGUGAGCAGGGCAUGGAGAGUCCUUGCAGAGGACGGUGUUCUGUGGUUCAAGAUGUGCACGGGGAAGGGCUACCAUCAGGAUGCCAGCGUGUCUGACUCCCCCUGCUGGAAGAGCACGCUGCGAGACUGCAGGAACUCAGCCAAAACUGUGCGCUCCAACUGGAAGAAUCGAGUGGGAUCCAUCAGCCAGCUGCAGUUCGAGCUGGGGAAGGUGCUGUGUGACGUCAACUCCUGUGAAAACUUUGUCUUUGCUGGGUACACGUCUGGUGAUGUGAGGCUGUGGGACACGCUGCACUGGGACUCGACAGCCUCUUACCUGAAGGUUAACAGCCUGUCGGCCAACUCUAACCCCCGGCCUUGUGUUAGUCACGUCCAGGUCAACGGCACAGUGGCUGCUGCUGCUUAUGAAGACGGCUGUGUGGACCUGUGGAGCACCGAGACAGGUGGAGAGCACAUCCACCACUAUCAGAGCCCAGAGAGGAUCCAGGCUUUGGCCCUGUGCCCCGACAGUCCCGUCCUGGGUUCUGCUGCCGGGCCUCACGUUCGGCUGGACCGCGCCGACGAUCGCGGCUACUGGAGAACGCUCUGCCGGGCUCAGCUACCUAAGACUGUAGAGAGCCUGGUUUUAGUGCCAGACAGGGGGCAGCGGUGCCCGCUGGCGGCUCUGGCAGCAGGAGAGGCCGUGUACCUGGUGGACCCUCGGGAGGAGGAGCCACGGACGCUCCACUCGGUCUACGGUCAUCCUGUUACCUGCCUGGACGUCUCCGAUUCCCAUGUUGCACUUGGAGUGAAGCGCACGGGUUGGGCCAUGCACGAUGGAGGAAACAAGAUCCACAUCUACAGCCUAGAGACGGGGAAACCUGUGGCUUGUGUCGGCGACUCGUUGGGAGAUUUCACUUGCAUCAACCUGAGAGACAGCCCUGCUCACCUGCUGGUGUGUGGAAACAAAGACCGGAGGGUGAGGGUGUUUGACCUACGAGCUGGCUCUUCCGUGGCGUCCCUGUACGGCCACCACCUGGGUGUCACCUCGGUUCAAGCGGACGAUUGGAAGAUCGUGAGCGGCGGAGGCGAAGGAUUGGUGUGCGUGUGGGAGAUGAGGAUGGGAGCGAAGCUGUGGGAGAUGCACAACAGGCAUCCUGUCAGGCACGUAUACUUCAACACCAGCACCCUGGUAACAGCUAACAUCCCAGAUGACAAGUCGCCAAGGGGUGCCUGCAUCACAGACGAUGACCUUACAGCUCACCGCAGACACAGGGGAGUCAUCUGCCAUUACGACUUCUCUGAGGACGCGCUGUCACAGGAUCACAUCCUUCCCAUCUGCAGGUCCGACUAUGUCGAGUCAUCCGGCUACAACUACAACAUCGGCCUGGCGAUGCCUUACGACAGGCUGUCUGGCUCCCAUCCAUCGCACUGACACGCAGUUUUCCAAACGACUGCUGGACUCCCUGAGUGACUGACAAUAGGAACUUUUGAUCAGUUUGAUUCUCCAAACUGAAUUAUUUUAUUAAAUAAGUUUCCUUUUAUCGUCCUAUUCUAAUGAAGCUUUUUGGCAAUGUAACUUUUCAAUGUAUAUUGUCUGUAACUGGUAUUUGUCAUUUACAAAGUGGAAGCUACUGAGAUGUUGCCCAGGAUCACAGCCUUGUAAACAAAUACUGUAAAAUAAUGAAUUUUUAAUCAAAUGGAUUUUAUACUCUGCAGCUGUGCAACAUCACAGCAAUAAGAAAGGUAACAUGUUUACUUAAUACGGUUCUUCCUAGUUCAUUUGUUAUUGGCUUCUCUAAAAAAUCAUAAAACAUAUAUACAAAAUCAAACACAUGCAUUUGUUUUAUCAUAAAGGCUUACAUUUAUUUUGUUCAUUAAUACAGUUAAGUACAAAGCCUGUAAUAAAUCAUCUCAGGGUGAGUAUCAGUCAAACAUAGUGGAUUUUCAAGGCAGAAAACUGUGGUGGGUUACAAGACUCAGAGGAACAGAUUAAUAAAACCUGUAACUAUUCUGCAGCUGCAGAGGAAUGGUUUGUGCCUGCAGUCUCACUCUUUGGAUGCUAGCCAUAACAAAUGACCCAUGAAUGCCAGAGCACGACUGACUACAUGUGAACCGUUUGACUAAAAAACAGAAUCCUUCACAAUACGUGCUGGUCACAUAAAGCGGAGAAGAAAGAAUGAUAGAAUGUGUGAUAAAAGAUGGGAAACAAAUCUCUUUGAAAUAUGUGACACUUAAAAACUGUAUAAACAACAUUAUGAAACUGAAUUCUUUGGUAUUAUAGAACUAUAGUAGUAAAUGUCAUUUCUGCCAUCUUGUCAGUCUUUUUUAAUCGUAUAAAAAUGUACUUGCAGUAUGGUACUAUUU